AUGGGUCGCUCAAAGGUUUUCUUUGAUAUCACCGUUGGAGGAAAGGCUGCUGGCCGUAUUGUCAUGGAGGUAAACAUUCUAUUUGAAUUAUGAAACAAACGAAUUAUAUAUCUUUAGCUUUACGACGACAUCGUUCCAAAGACUGCCGAAAACUUCCGCGCUCUCUGCACUGGAGAAAAAGGAAUCGGAAAGUCUGGAAAACCACUCCACUUCAAGGGAUCUGCUUUCCAUCGUAUCAUUCCAAACUUCAUGAUUCAAGGAGGAGACUUCACUCGCGGUAACGGAACCGGAGGUGAAUCAAUCUACGGAGAAAAGUUCCCUGAUGAGAACUUCAAGGAGAAGCACACCGGACCAGGAGUUUUGUCAAUGGCCAACGCUGGACCAAACACCAACGGAUCUCAAUUCUUCCUUUGCACCGUCAAAACUGAAUGGCUCGACGGAAAACACGUUGUUUUCGGACGCGUUAUUGAAGGUUUGGAAGUUGUCUCAAAGGUUGAAUCGAAUGGAACUCAAUCCGGAAAACCAACAAGCCAAUGCGUCAUCGCCGAUUGUGGACAACUCCAAUCAUAA